UAUCACCUUUGAUAUGGGUUAGAAUUAUGACAAUAUUUAGAUGUUUAUUCAUGUGUGUUACAAAUAUAAUCUCCUAUGGCUUAAAAAUAAACGAAAAAAAAAACAAGGAACGUAUAAAAUGGUGGUUUUGGUUCUUUGGAAAAUCAUAAAUGAUGUAAUGUUAUGUUGUGUAUUUUCUACAAAUGCAAAAUUAAAGAUUUAAGGAAAAAAUGUAAAUUGACCAAUAACUGAAGGACUCUUUAUGUAAUUAACUUCUAUUUCAUUUCAAUAGCCGCUGCAACUCGCUCACUCCCCGGCUGCAUUUUCACCCAAAUGAGAAAGCUCCACCGUCAUCGUUCCAUCCGGCCUCUUCCGCACCCAAAUCCCAUCAUCUCCACCACCCUUCCACCGUCGUACCCCACCAAACACGAAAUCAACGGCCACCUUGAUAAUGACGAAAAUCUCAUAUCCACUAUCACUAACAUUGUUCAUGGAAACCAAAGCUGGAGUGUAUCUUUCAACAACACCAUCUCUAGCAACUUGAAACAGCAACACGUCGAAAAGGUCUUGCUCAGAACCCUAGACGAUCCAAGGUUAGCUUUACGCUUCUUCAAUUUCUUAGGCCUGCACAGGAACUUCAACCACUCAACUACGUCGUUUUGCAUCCUCAUACACGCACUCGUCCAGUCCAAUCUCUUAUGGCCUGCUUCUUCACUGAUCCAAACGCUCUUACUACGAACAUCGAGUCCGGAAAUCGUUUUUAAGUAUUACUACGAUACCUAUGUGAAUUACAAUUUUUCGAGAACUAUAGGGUUUGAUUUGUUGAUUAACGCGUAUGUUCAAGGCAGGAGAGUAUUAGAUUCUUUUUCGGUUGUGAAUAUGAUGAAAAACAGAAAUUUAAUGCCUGAGAUUAGAACUGUAAGUGAUGUUUUCAACGGAUUGAUUCGAAUUAGGCGAUAUGAUUUGGUGUUGAAGUUCUUUGAUGAGAUGACGGAAAUUGGUAUCAGGGGCAAUGCUUACAUACAUACUGCUAUCAUUCGAUGUUUGUGUGAAUUAAAGAAUUUUGAUAGGGCAAAUGAAUUGAUACAGUGGUUAGGGUCCAACAAUUUUGAGUUAAAUAUCGUUAUGUACAAUGUGUUCAUUCAUGGGCUCUGCAAGAGCCAAAAGAUGGAAGAAGCAAUGGAGUUAAAGCAAGCAUUGCCUUCAAAGGGUUUGAAAGCUGAUGUUGUCACAUAUUGCAGUUUAAUUAUAGGUUUCUGUAGAUUACAACAAUUCAAAACUGCUGGAACUCUAAUCAGUGAAAUGGUGGACAUGGGGUUUGUCCCAAGUGAAGCUGUUGUUUCAGGUGUUGUUGAAGGGUUGAGAAGAAAUGGGGAUGCUAUUAGUGCUUAUAAUUUGAUACAAGAUUUAGACUCCAUCAAAGCAUUACCAAAUUUAUUUGUAUAUAAUGCAUUGAUCAAUUCGUUAUGCAAAGAGGGAAAUGUAGAUGAAGCCAACAUUCUUUUUAAAAACAUGGAUACCAAUGGUUUAACCCCUAAUGAUAUUACUUACUCAAUCAUCAUUGAUUCAUUUUGCAAAAGAGGCCAACUUGAAGAUGCACGUCUUUUUCUUGAUAAAAUGAAUGAUUCAGGAAUAAAAGCAUCUGUUUAUCCUUACAAUUCUCUGAUAAACGGAUACUGUAAGUCAGGAAAACCAAGAAUUGCAGAAACUCUUCUAAAAGAGAUGGUUUUUCAAGAUGUAAAUCCAACAGUUGUGACAUAUACAUGUUUAAUAGAUGGAUAUUGCAAACAUCAAGAUGUACACAAGGCAUUGAGGCUUUACCAUGAGAUGACAGGGAAAAGAAUCUUUCCAAACACUUACACAUUCACUUCACUAAUUUCUGGUUUUUUUCAUGCAAACAUGGGGACAGAAGCAAGUGCUUUGUUUCUUGAAAUGAUGGAAAGAAACGUGAUCCCUAAUGAGAGAACUUACAAUGUUAUGAUUGAAGGCCAUUGUCAAGAAGGAAACAUGGUAAAAGCCUUUGACUUGUUUGACCAAAUGGUGGAAAAGGGUCUGAAACCCGAUACAUAUACCUUCAGAUCUUUAAUAACUGGACUUUGUUCGAUUAAUAAAGUUUCUGAAGCUAAAGAAUUUGUAAAUAACCUCAACAGGCAAAACCACAAACUAAAUGAAAUGUGUUAUAGUGCUCUUUUACAAGGUUUCUGCCAGGCUGGACGUUUAGAUGAUGCAAUUAGUGCUUCCAAUGAGAUGAUAGAGAAGGGAAUCGACAUGGACAUUGUUUGUUAUUCCAUGCUUAUAAAUGGAAGUGUUAAAGAAGGUGAUGAUGUAAAAUUAAUACACUUUCUAAAACAAAUGCACGAUAAAGGAAUGAAACCAGAUAAUGUUUUAUACACAAUCUUGAUUGAUGCUUUUGGAAAAAGAAGAGAUCUUGGGAAAGCAAUAGGGUACUGGGACAUAAUGAUUAGUGAAAAAUGCAACCCCAAUGUUGUGACAUACACUGUGAUUAUAAACUGUUUAUGUAAAUUAGGGUUUAUAGAAAAAGCCGAGGUUUUAUUCAAGGAAAUGCUUGUGAAUUCCAUCUUCCCAAAUCAUGUGACAUACGGAUGCUUUCUUGACUGUUUGACUAACCAAGGGCAUAUGGAAAAAGCAUUACACCUUCAUAAUAUUAUGUUAAAAGGGUCUCUAGCAAACACGAUAACAUACAAUAUUUUGAUUCGGGGUUUUUGCAAAUUGGGUAGAAUUCAAGAAGGUGUGAAGAUCUUGGAUGAGAUGUUUGAUAAUGGAAUCUUGCCAGAUCAUGUGAGUUAUUCGACUAUUAUUUAUGAAUAUUGUAGAAAUGGGGAUGUACAUGAAGCGAUUAAGUUAUGGGAUCUGAUGAUUGAUUCGGGUUUGAAACCAGACACAUUGGCAUAUAGUUUUAUAAUACAUGGUUGUUGUGUUGCUGGAGAGUUGACCAAAGCAGUUGACUUUCGUGAUGAAAUGGUAAAAAGAGGAUUGAAGUUAAAUCGAAGUCUGGAGCUUUUGUGAUUCAAUUUGGGUGUCUGUUUUCAUGAAACAAUCGGGCUUCAGUUCCCAAUUCCCAUGGUGGUUGUAUGUCACCAAAAGAGGUGAUUGUCAUGCAGCCUGGGAGGCUUCCCAUGGUGAGUGGUGGAGGUGGCAAGGUGGGGGUGGGGGUGGAGGUGGUGGUGGAGACAUUGGAGUGGAAAAAGAAAUACUAUCACAUAGGGUAAGAAUUUACAAAAAUAUCUUUGAAAAUCAAAAGCGAUUUUUUUGUCUUUGGGAAAAAGAGGCCAAAAAGACUAUUUUAUGUUUUUUGUUUCUUGAAAAACAAACAGUCUGUUUCUCAAAUGUCUUUCCACAUGUAGACAAAAGAGGUCAAAAAGACUUUUUGCCAAAAAACAAAACACCACCUUAGAACCUUUUGAAGUGGGGUUUUAAAAGGUGUGUUGUUGAAGGCUCACCUCAAAAAACCAGACCAAUUGUGUUGAAACUCAGUCCUGAAUUUGGGAUUCUGGAAAUAGAAGGUCGUUUUUGUCAUUGCAUCCAGUUUUGGCUCAUAAGCUAUGUUUUACAUAGCCACAAAUGUAAAAUAUCCGUGUAAUCUUUAUUUUUGAGAUGCUUUUAUGUAGUUUUUUUGCUUUUAUUGCUCGACUUGAGGAGGCAUUAGAGUUUAGGGUAACUACAGUGGUAUGCUGAAAGUUAUGGAUUUUGUCCAUUCCUUGAGUGUUUAACAUUUUUUGUGCAUAAAAUGUAUUUUUUUUGUAGGA